ACAUCACUUCCUGGUUGAGUUCACGUGCUUGAUCUGUGCUGUUCAGAUUUCUACACGCUUUCUUCGCAGUUAAAGAAAACAUUAAAUCAUGGCCAAAGACAAAUCAUUGACAAAUCUGGCAAAAAGGAAGAAAUUGAGUUCAGAUGUCACGGUUCAUGUGGAAGAAACGAUGGAGACCAAAGUAAAAAAGAAAAAGAAAAAGAUGGAAGUUGAGGAGGCUCCAGUACAAAUUCCUGAUGUGAAAAUUACAACCAGUGAUCGAAAACAAAAGAAAAGACAGAAGACAAAGCAAACUGAGACACACGAGCUGGAGGGCGAGGAGGACUUGAGCCCUGAGGAAAAGCGGGUUCUGGAGAGGAAGAUGAAGAAGAUCCUUAAAAAGGAAGAGAAGAAGAAGCUUAAGACUGAGGGAGAGACCUUAGAGAAAGCUGAAGCAUCUGGACCCAUUGCACCUCAGCAGGCCUUAGAUUACCUCACCUGCUGGGCUGAAAACCGUACAGAGUGGAAGUUCCAGAAGACCAGGCAGACGUGGUUACUGCAGCACAUGUUUGACUUCGUGCAGGUUCCAGAUGAGAAGUUCUCCAUACUGCUCCAGUACCUGGAGGGGCUGCGUGGAGGUUCCAAAGACACCACUGUCAAGAAGGCCUUAGUCCUGGUUGAAGAGUCAGGACAAGCGCCAGAGGACAGAGAUGUCCAGCAGAGGGCGCACAGAGCCAGAGAAAUCAUCCAGCUGCUCUCCUGAACCCACCACCAUCAAAAAAUGAUGUGAAGCCCACCAGAAAAAAGACUGAAACAUGUUUGUUGAUCAGUGGACUGAAUGAUCACCCUGGUCUCCAGAUGGGAUUAAACAUGUUUGAAAUGUAGCUUUCAGAGUGGCCCUGUAGGGAAGGGAUGUGUUUUGAUUAAAUUACCAGUAAUGCUAAUUUUUUUUUAUUUCAAUGUGUCCAGGUUGCUUUUUCUUCCCUACUUUGUGUGUGUAUUGUUGCCUGGUAGUAAUCAGUCAUCAGAAUAAUAUUUAUACAGUGUGAAAUCUUACACGUCAUUUUUUUAUUGCAAGUUAUACAGUAGUUACUUUUUUUUUUUUUUCCACCUCCAAAUGUAAAUAAGUCCAGUUUCUCCAUUAUGGCCCGACGAGGACGGAUGCAAAUCCCCCACAGAUGCAACAGAGAGCUGAGAGACUUCUGCAGUAAAAGGUUUCAGGAAUGUGCAAAGUCAAAACAUGUUUGUGCGUGUCAAAGCCCAUAAUCUGUGAAGUCACUGAUCAGAAUAACUUCAUCCACUUCAGGUAUAAACAGUGUUGGACGUCAUGGUGUCUCCUACCCACUGCAAGACAUACAGCUUUUCAGUGCACCAACCAAAUACAGUAGAGAGUACAAAUCUUCACCUGUAACAGUUUUUAGGGACUCCAUUGUGUCUUGUGAAGUUUGUAAACCUGAUGAGAUACAUUCAACUUUUUUCCCCUAAAAAUUUUACUAAAAGUGUUUUUAUUUCUCAAUAUGUUGACAUAUGUUGUCAGUCAUAAACACGACUGACAAAUCCACGAGUAAAAUUAUUCUCGGCUUGUUUGAAUUAACCCGUCAUGCUGUUGCUAUUCUAUAUCGUCCAGCGAGUGUCUGUGUCGCUCGCAUUGUUCAACAAAAUAAAUCCACUCAGGUGCUUUUAAAUGGAGAGUUGACUUGGUUUGGAUCAAUAAGACCGUUAUCUCCCCGUGGGUGUUGAUCCUCAACUGUCGCAACCACUGUUCCUUUAGCUUCAUCUGCAACAUAUAGCAAUGACAUGGCACAAUGUUUAUUUAUUACACUCUGUAUAAAACUUAAAGUGAAUACAGUCUGGAUGAAUUCACUUACUUUGCUUUGAAUCAAAGGGAAUGUUGUGUUGAGUGAGGAGAGCGUGCAGUCUCUCAAUCUCUUCUCUCUGUUUUUGGAAAUCCUUUAAAAAAUAAAGUUUGUCACAUUUUAAUCAGUAUUGUAAUAUACGUGAUUUUGUAGG